UUUGAAUGGAGCUUUUCGAGCUCGUGGUGUUAUGUAGGUACUUUACUACAUCUGCGCAAUGGAUCCCGUAAAGGCUAUACGCGUUUAUUUAGAUUUCUUUUUAUUGUUUUUCAUUUUCGCGAAAUGUCAGGGUCGCGACUCAGACUCGGAUUAUGUUACGUGCGGAUCUUUAGUGAAACUGCUAAACACGAGGCAUAAUGUUAGACUCCACUCGCAUGAUGUGAAAUACGGCUCAGGUAGUGGGCAACAGUCGGUAACAGGUGUGGAUACAGCGGAUGAUGCAAACAGUUACUGGCGUAUCCGUGGUAAACCAAAUGAAAUAUGCCAGCGUGGAGUACCCAUUAAAUGUGGUCAGGCUAUCCGUUUUACUCAUAUGAAGACAGGACGCAACCUCCACAGCCACCAUUUCAGCUCUCCUCUAUCGAGCAACCAGGAGGUGAGUGCGUUUGGAGAGAACGGUGAAGGCGAUGAUUUAGAUGUGUGGACUGUCCAGUGCAGCGGAACCUACUGGGAGCGCGAAGACGCAGUCCGGAUCAAACAUCUCGGCACCAGCGCCUUCCUCAGUGUGACUGGAGAGCAGUAUGGCCAUCCAAUCAGGGGCCAGCGUGAGGUCCAUGGAAUGCCCUCGGCCAAUCCGAACAACUACUGGAAGGUGAUGGAGGGGGUUUUUAUUCUUCCCAGUACUGACCCUUCACAUCAUGAUGAGCUCUGAUGACUCAAAAAGCACUGUACUCUCAGCCAAUAAAGACUGUACCACCAUUUCCACUUAGUGUUUUAGUUUCAUUUGUACAUGUCCUGUCUGAUCUGAUUGGAGUUUAUUUUUUAUUUCCGGUUUAUUUUCUACCCUUCAUGUCUGUUUUGUAAUUAUAAAUCACAACUCAAUAAAAUGUAUAGAAUAAAAAUUAUACUUUUAUUCAAUUUC